AAUGUUCUUUUGCGAUUACUCGAUUUUUUUAAAUUUAAUUAUAUUGUGGAAAUUUUACAGUAUUGACUCUGCAGUUGCGCCAAAAAUUAAGCCGUUUUACUUCUCAAAAUCUAUACACGAAGGACAAAGGGAACAAGUAAUAUGUUCUGCUAUAACUGGCGAUCUUCCAUUAACUUUUAUGUGGAAAAAAGAUGGAGUUGCUUUUGAAAAUUUUCAUGACAUUACUCUAGUAUCGAAUGAAUUAUUUUCAGUCUUGGUUAUUGUGUCGAUAAAAGCAGAGAACGUUGGAAAUUACACCUGUAUUUUAAAAAACGCUUUUGGUACCGAUACCUAUACGGCAUCCUUGGUUAUGAAAGGUAAUCAAAAAUAGUUUGCCAUAUUUUAAAAUAUUAUUUAUAAAAUAUACGAAGUAUUUUUUAUACAAAGAA